UUUACAAAUCGCCACAAAGGCCCAUAGAAUAAAAGUUUGCAUUUUCCAGAUCUUCGGAAGAGGAAAGAGGAUCGCCGGAAUGAGGAGAGUCAGUAGAAUCGCCGCCUUGUACCGGGCAGUCGACGGUGCAGCCGCCAUGGAGGUGCCACAGCAUAGGAUGUCUACGGCGGCUCAGUUUAGCACGAGCAGCAACAAAUCAUCUACCAGGUCUAACUGGUUAUUCAACAAUUUGCUCACGGAUCUAUCUGCUAGAACCUCAGCUCAUGCUGUUGCUGGAACAAUGCUUUUCUCGGUGGCGGCUACCACGUUGACCGAGGAAGUUCACGCUAAAGAAGUAGUGCCACCGGAAUUACGCCCAAAAGAUCUUGUCCUUUAUCAGUAUGAAGCUUGUCCUUUCUGUAACAAGGUUAAAGCAUUCCUCGACUACUAUGACUUACCAUACAAGAUCAUUGAGGUCAAUCCCAUCAGCAAAAAAGAACUCAAGUGGUCUGAUUAUAAGAAAGUGCCUGUUGUGUUGGUUGACGGUGAACAGAUGGUGAACUCAUCAGACAUUAUUGAUAAAUUGUACGAGAAGGUUCGUUCUGGUGAUUCUACAUUUGAUGCUGAUGAAGAGAGCAAAUGGCGCAAGUGGGUGGAUGAUCACUUGGUGCACAUGUUAUCACCUAACAUAUACCGAAAUACCUCAGAAGCUCUUGAAUCGUUCGAUUACAUCACUAGUCAUGGUAAUUUCAGCUUUACGGAGAGAAUAACUGCCAAGUAUGCUGGAGCUGCAGCCAUGUAUUUUGUUUCGAAGAAAUUGAAGAAGAAAUAUAAUAUUACAGAUGAGCGUGCAGCCCUGUAUGAAGCUGCAGAAACAUGGGUUGAUGCUCUUAAGGGCCGAGAUUUUCUUGGUGGCUCUAAACCAAACUUAGCAGAUCUUGCUGUAUAUGGCGUUUUGAGACCCAUACGCUAUCUGAAAUCUGGUAGAGACAUGGUGGAGAACACACGUAUUGGUGAUUGGUACUCUCGAAUGGAAAGUGAAGUAGGCGUGUCUGCUAGAAUUCAAGCUUAAAUGACAUCUAUUGGUCAAUGGGCAAAUCACAUUCAGGGACAGUUUUUGACACUAGUUGAUUACAGUUCCGAUAAAGAACAUUACUUCCAAGCCAGUGACAAAUUAUUAAUAUAUAAAGAAGUGCACUUUCACAAAGUUUUGGUAGUUAGAUACAAAAUAAAUUUGGAUGUGGGCUUGUUACCAUUCUACAUUAACUUAUUCUUUUGGAUGUAAGUUCUAUUUGAGGUGUGCUGAGACAAUACUUGCAGUUUACACCAUUUUUUACCCAAUGGUGUAAAAACUCGUCACUUUCAUGUGCUAAUUUUACUUCUGAUUUUGUCCAAAUACAAUACAUUGAACUUUUUCCCCCAA